GGAUUGAGCACGAGGCAGGUAGACCUGCAGAUCUCUCCACACUUCCCACUCCAAGCUGUGCCAAUGGCUGAGUCGGUUCCAUCUCCCAGGAGGGCCCGAUCCUGGCAUUUGAGUCGCUUUGCCCCUUCUCCUUCAGUUGCUGAAAUCCAGAUGAGAGAGAAUAGGUUCGUCUUAGAUUGUGUGGCUGUUGAAAGUAUUUCUAAAGACUACAGCGUCUCCUUACCAAAACUCGGCUCUGUUAUCCCACCAUACAAUUCCCAGAAAGACCACCAUGUACGCGGCUAUUUCCUGACCAGGCCUGUGCCACCCUUACUGAAGAAAACUGGGCAGUCACAUGGAGGCACAUCAACUUAUGGAGAACUGGCUGACCGAUUCCAGUACAAGGGUGCUGCUGCUUUCUACCUACUGAGCCGAAAUUAUAGCGGGUCAGGUCACUCAGCAGAACACACCAGCGGUCAUGGCCAGUUCUUGUCGUCCGUCAAACCUGUAAUCGGCUACAAUGGACUCUAUGGGUACAGAAGAAACACCCCGUCUCUGCGCAGAAUGCCCUCAGCAUUUGGGAUUGUGACCAAGUCAGCUAUUUACUGA